AUAUUAUAAUAAUCAUGGAGGCGACUGCCUGUGCAGAUGAAUACGAACACGCUGUACCUGGUGUCAUGUACACAGUACAUAAUAUACCAGGUCCUGGGAUAGAUCUGGAAGAGUUUGAAUCAGAAUAUUCAUUAGGUUGCUCAUGUACAAUUCGGUGCUCCAACUGUUUCUGUACACGUGGUUCGCCGAAUUAUAAAGAUGAUUGUAUACUAGAUGAAAAAUUAUCAGGGCCAAUAGUUGAGUGCAACCCUCAUUGUACUUGUGGAGAAAAUUGUAAUAAUAGAGUGGUACAGAAUGGUCCAGUGGAUAGUCUAGUCGUGUCAGAGAUCGAUGGAAAAGGACACGGUUUGUUCACGAGUAAACUCAUUAAGAAAGGUCAAUUCAUUUGCGAAUAUGCUGGGGAGGUGGUAGGUAUCGAGGAAGCAAGGCGUAGAGUCGAAGCGAAUAAAAAUACCAUGAAUUACGUUCUUGUCGUUUCUGAACAUAUCGGGGAUCGAGUAAUAGUGACGUGCAUAGAUCCUAAAUAUUUUGGCAAUAUCGGAAGAUACUCCAAUCACAGUUGCGAUCCAAAUACUAAUCUUGUACCUAUUCGAGUCGAAGGACCAGUACCUCGAUUAUGUUUGUUCGCAUCCAGAAAUAUAGAGGUAGGCGAAGAGAUAACUUUUAACUAUGCCGGCGGAGUUACUAAUUCCGUCCAUAAUCUCAGUCAUACACCCUGUCUUUGUGGCUCCAACAACUGUUCUGGCUAUCUGCCUCAUAAUACUAUUUAAGAUUGUUAAGCUUUUUGAUAAAUUUAUCGAAAUACUAUUUAAGACUGUUAAGCCUUUUGAUAAAUUUAUCGAAAAGCCUUCAGUAAAUUUGUAUGACUGGAAAGAAUGGAAUCUGGAUUGAUCAUAGAGUUGUGUAAAUAUAAAAGAGUUUUGGUAAUUUGUAUUUAUUCGUUGUUUAUUUAUCGUUUAUCGAGAAAAAAAAAUAUAUAUAUAUAUAAUAUUAUUU